UGGAAAGUGCAUCCACAGUGUAGGGAGAAAAUUGGUGAUUCAUGCGGCCUUACUCCUGCAUAUUUAAAGGAAGCGUUCAAAGAGAUGUUCAUCAAGGAUACCGGAAAUGAUGGCUGGACACCGUCCGAGUACAACAUUUCAACGCAGCAGGCAUUCGCUUUUGAUCCGGUGGAUAGUUCGUCCAGCACCAAUAGUUCGGCACCUUCGACACCGGCUUUUCCAGCCAUACAUUCCGGUAAGUUCCUUUCCGAUUCGCUGCCGGGCGAAAUGACUCAGUGA